AAAAGUUCUUCACGGAUCACUUUGUAACUCUCUCAGGUUUAAGCCAGCGCCUGCUGUAACACGCGGCCAUGAGCUGGACCACAGUCAGUGGCGCCUGUUUUGACAGCAAGAGCCGGGCGUUCGCCCUGUGAAGGCUUUCAGCACCGAGGCGCAGCAGUCCGGGUACUGUUUUCCUACAGCCAUGGUACCUGUGCAGAACACGGAGGAGGAGGAGGAGGACCUCAGUCAGCAGCGCCGGAAAAUCAGAGGAGGGGACUGCCAGAAUUACAACAGCAGCAGCAGCAGUAGCGGCUGCGGCGGCGGCGGCCCGAACAAGCUUCCGGCUCAAACAGGAUGUGGAAUGCUUACUCUUCUGUCAUCUGCUGUUGCAGCUGUCAGUGGCCUACUGAUGGGUUAUGAACUGGGACUUAUCUCUGGAGCCCUUUUCCAGCUAACUGUCAUACUAGCACUUUCAUGCCGGCAACAGGAAAUAGUUGUAAGUGCUCUUCUCAUUGGUGCCUUUCUAGCUUCACUGACUGGCGGAUUCCUGAUAGACAAAUAUGGGAGGCGAGUUACCAUUAUCUUAGCAUCUUGCUUACUUGUCCUUGGCAGUUUGAUCUUGAUACUCUUUGCCUCAUAUGGACUACUUAUAACAGGACGGAUUGCAAUAGGGGUUUCCAUUUCACUCUCUUCAACUGCAACAUGUGUGUAUAUUGCAGAGAUUGCCCCACAGCACAGAAGAGGAUUGCUUGUGUCUUUGAAUGAACUCAUGAUUGUAAUUGGUAUUCUUUUUGCCUAUGUCUCAAAUUAUGCCUUUGCCAGCGUUUCCCAUGGCUGGAAGUACAUGUUUAGCCUUGCCAUUCCACUGGGGACCUUGCAGGCCAUUGCUAUGUAUUUCCUUCUGCCAAGCCCUCGGUUCUUGGUCAUGAAAGGCUUUGAGGAAACUGCUAGCAAAGUACUUGGAAAGCUCAGGGCAACCUCAGACAUUACUGAAGAGCUCGCAAUGAUCAAAUCUUCCUUGAAAGAUGAACACCAGUACCGUUUUUUAGAUUUGUUCCGUUCAAAAGACAACAUGAGGGUACGGAUGCUGAUAGGAAUCACUCUAGUGUUUUUUGUCCAAACCACAGGGCAGCCUAACAUCUUAUUUUAUGCAUCCACCGUUUUGAAAUCGGUUGGCUUUCAAAGUAAUGAAGCAGCUAGUUUGGCAUCUACUGGUGUUGGAGUGGUCAAAGUGAUCAGUACAAUCCCAGCCACCCUUUUUGUGGACCAUAUAGGAAGCAAGACAUUUCUGUGUAUUGGCUCAUCCCUAAUGUCUUUGUCUUUAGUCACCAUGGGAUUGGUGACGCUUCAUAUCCACAUGAAUUUCACUACUGUCUGUAGAAACCAACCCUUGGAAGAUCCCAUGCUCCAUGGAGUGAGCAAACUGACCUCCACUAAUGGAACUCUUCAAGAGCAAUUUGUUAACAUGGCUUCAUCUAUCAGAACUUCAGAAUGGAAUGCUGGAAUGGCCAAUGUGGAGCAGCAGAACUGGACAGCCUUGGAAGGAGGCAGAGCCGCUGAUACAAGCCAGGCAGACUCCCGUCUAGCAGCAGGAACUAUGGACAUUCCAGCUGCUCUGAAAUGGCUCUCUUUGGCCAGUUUGCUUGUUUAUGUUGCUGCUUUCUCCAUAGGACUUGGACCAAUGUCCUGGCUGGUAUUAAGUGAAAUAUUUCCUGGUGGGAUUAGAGGAAGAGCAAUUGCUCUAACCUCUAGUGUGAACUGGGGUGUUAAUCUCCUAAUCUCAUCAACCUUUUUAACUAUAACAGACUUAAUUGGCUUACCAUGGAUAUAUUUCAUUUAUGCACUGAUGAGCCUAGCAUCAUUGGCAUUUGUCAUUGUCUUUAUACCUGAAACAAGAGGAUGCUCCUUGGAGCAAAUUUCCACGAAACUGGCAAAACAAAAAUAUGCAAGUACCACCCUUUGCUGGAUGGGCCAGCGUCAGGAGCAACUGAUGCCUAUGGAACUUUCUAAGAAGGAUUCCCAUGAACAAUUCUACUAGACAAGACAGGUACACGUAACCAGUGGCAGAAGAGCUGGUUUUCUCAGAGGACAAAAUGGCAGUCCACUCAAAUACUGCCACUACCUUCAUAUGCUUUAUUUUACUAUAAACAAGCUUUUCUGUAUUUCAUUUUAGUUGAGGUUGUUUUGGUCAGCAGAUGCUUCAAAAACAAGGUUUUUGCAUAUCAUAAGCACAAAACUCUAUAAGGUUUUGCCCUGUGACAGCAAGGAAACCAAUAAAACAAUUUUAAGAACAUUGUACAGGAUGACAUCAACACAGGAAAAGAGUACAAGCGGCAAAUCCCUUCUUUACACUGUAAAUUUAAAGAUUUACACAGCUGUGUUUUAUCAGGCCAAACACCAUACAGCCCAUCCUGCGCAAGCAAUUCUUUCUUAGGCCUACUACCAAUCUCUCCAAAUGGAAGAUCCAUCAUAGGGCCUCAUACUCACACAGCACAUGCUCUGUACAAGCAGCUUCCCAGCUACUUUUCCAGUUGAAGGCAAUCACUUAUACCUGCAACCCAAGGGAAUAAUUUAUCAUAGGUUUUCAUCAAAACACAGUAGAAUAGAAUUUUAGAGUUGGGAGGGAGCUUGGAGGUCUUCUAGUCCCAACCCCCUGCUCAGUGCAGGAAACGGCUACAGCAUCUGACAGAUGGCUGCCCAAUCUCGGUUUCAAAACUUCUAGAGGAGAGUCUACCACUGAAUGGAGCAGGCUGUUUCACUGUCCAACCAUCUUUACAGUUAGACCAUUCCUCCUCCCGUCUAACUUGAAUUUUCUACCUUGCAGUUUCAACUAUUGGCCCUAGUCCUGCCCUAAAGAGCAUCUGAGAACAAGUCUGCUCUCUUCUCUGCAAUAGCUCUUCAGAGAUUUCAAGAUGAUAAUUAGGAAUGUGCGAAUUUCUUUGGGCAAUUUCUGGACAAAACAAAUCAGCCCUGUGCUAGCUGGCCAGAUUCGGGUACAAAACAAAUCGCCCAGAUUUCAGACCUGAAAGAUUUGUAGAUUCAGACCUCCAUUUUCUGGCGAUCUCUCUUGCUGUGUCCAUUUUGUGUCAGGAAUUUUUUUUUUUUAAAUCCCAUCCUCCUAAGCUUCAGAUUGAUGACUUACAGUGUGCAACAAUUGGCUGGUAAUUUCUCCCUGGUUCCAGAUUGGCUCAUUUCCAUUCAAAUCUUGUGUUGCCAGGGGUGACUGAUCACGCAUUGGCUAGGGGAAGGGUCAAGGGUGGGGGGAGUUCAAAGGAGGGAUUUCCAAAUGUACUUAAGGAGGCGGGCAGCCACCAUUCUGCCUCAUGGGAGACGAGGGAGAGAGCACACCAGAGGAGCUUUGCUUUGCCUUGCCUGCCUGCUGCCUGGAGUGGAUUCUCUGCUUUUUGUUCCUGCUUUCCUUAUUGAGGAAAAGAGAAGAAGAAAAAUUUUCCACCCCCUUCCUGCUGCUGAGAGAAUAACUGCCUGUGCCUGCUGUCUGUGAAUCUACCUGUUUUGGGAGAUUUGUGGACAAAACAAAAUCACCCCUGUGCUAGUUGGACAGAUUUGGACCCAAAACAAAUCAGAGGAGAUUCAAUUUGCAAACAAAUAAAAAAAAAUGAUUUGUAUACAUCCCUAGAGAUAAUCAUCCACUCUACUCAGCCCUCUUUUCUCCAGGCUAACAAACCCAGCUCCUUCAACCAUUGCUCAUAGGACACCUCAAUGUCUUAGAUGCUCUCCACUGAACCCAUUCCCACUGGUCAAUGUUCUUAAAAUGCAGUGCCAGUAACUGGACACAGUGGUUAUCCCAACAAAGUGGAACCCUCACCCAACUCCUCCCAGUCCUCCUGAGCAAGCACGGUUGUGCAAGGGGGGCAAGCACUGCUUAUGCUCUGAAGGAUCAGAAACACAUUGCUGACCCCCACGGUCAGCACGGUUGUGAAUUUGGCAGACUGAACUUGUAAGAGCCUGAAAGACCAUACAAAUUUCACAUUUCGGCAUCCCAUCAUUAACUAAGGGCUACAGCCCUUUAAGAUGUAUCAGGAGCAAUAAGAUAUACUUCUUAUUAUGAAGCUCUUGGGCAUAUUGUAAAAGCACAAAUUCACUUUUUAAAAGAGUGAUGUACUAAAUGGUUGCUUUUUAAACUAUUAACAAUACCGUGUUAUAUAGCACGUUCUCUCAUUUUAAAGAUAGUCAUGGCAAUACUUUCUUGUAUUCACAUUUCAAAAACUUGUGUAAAGAAGCAGUCUAUGGGUACACCAACCUAAAGGUACCUGCUCCCAUUCAACUAAGGAGCCUAAACAUCAGGCUUUGCUAGUAGAUGGGUGAAAAGUGGCCAAAAAUAGAUGAAUACACAUUCCAGCUUCAAAUGUUACAAGUUUAGCAGGUAUAGAACAUGGCUCAGUAACAACUAACAUAUGAAGCAGCCCUUGCAAUUGUAACUUAAUCAGAAAUAUUUUCACCUGCAACACGUAGCAUUCCUUUGAAAGAUAAUUGUACGUUUAAGUAGGCAAGACCUUUCCUUUCUCAGUUCCCAAACGUUUAAAUGAGUUUUUCAAGUUAUUUUUUAAUUUUUAUUCUUAAUUGUCUCAUCCAUUACAUUCACGUUACCUACUUAAACACUAUAAACAAAAAUGUCCGUAAAAUAGAGAAGCAGACAUUAAUGGCAACUAAUACUACAGCUAAUUUUUCAAGACAUUUCAGAUAAGUCUGCCACUUAAACAUUCCUUAGAUGAUGGGAUGCUAUCAUCUACAUUAUAUGGUUUAAAUUCAAGGGUUUCUGUCUAUACAUUUGAGACAAGAUUGAGUAACAGUUGUUCCAAGACAAAUACUGUAUCUUGCUGACUCACACUCCAAACUGUCCAAUACAGGCUGGCUUUAAAAAAAAACUAAAAAAAAACACAAGAAAAUUCUCUCCCCACCCUCCACCCGAAAGUUUGCUUCAGCAAAUACAUGCUUCAGCCACAAGAGUUAUCAAAUUUUCCUCUGGACAUUUCAUUUCACAUUUCCCUCUUAUAGUUUCCCAAACUGUUUGCUUAUCACAUCCACUCAGAGCAUGUUUGUUCGUGCGUUUUCUCUCUCUCUCUCUCUCUCUCUCUCACACACACACACAUCAUGCAAAGGCUCUAGCAGUUCUCAGGCACACACUCAGGUGGGUAACAUGCUGUAUCAACCUUGUAAUCAGAUAUAUAGGCAGCAGUGGGUUGUGGUGCCCCCGCCCCCUUUUUGCUGUCACCAUUGAAUUCAACCGCCAGCUAUAUACAUUAUAUCCUGGUUUACAUGUUGCUAUCCGCUCAAGUACAUGCCCUGUGACAGGUGGGUUUGCUCACUUGGGGAAAAUGUUUUAGCUGUCAACCUGUCCCAUAAUGUUGUCUCAUUCUGUGUGUGAGGUUGUUCUCCUCCUCUGCCCUCCCCAAACCAAGUUGAUUUGACCUGUAUCCCUUCCCUCACUCUCUCCAAUAUUAUACUAUUUAGCAGUAUUUCACAAUGAUGAUAAUAAAAAAAUGCUUCCAAUAGGAGUUUA